AGUCUGCGCUACAAUUAAUAUAACAUGGGAACGUGGAUUUUAUUCGCUGCGUUCGCGCCCGUUAUUGUUACAACUAUUAAUUGUGACAAUACUAUAAAACCAAAUAUUAUAUUUAUAUUAGCGGAUGAUUUGGGAUGGAAUGAUGUCGGAUUUCAUGGGAUGACUGAAAUACCGACACCAAAUAUCGAUGUAUUAGCAUACUCUGGAGUCAUUUUAAAUAAUUAUUAUGUAAAUCCCAUUUGCACACCUUCCAGAGCAGCACUUCUAACUGGAAAAUACCCGAUUCAUACAGGACUACAUUACUUUGCGUUGUUACCAGCAGAGCCCCGAGGUCUAAAUCUUUCAGAAAAACUACUGCCUGAAUAUCUAAAAGAUUUAGGCUACGUAAAUCACAUCAUAGGCAAAUGGCAUCUGGGAUACUGGAAGAAGGAGUAUACCCCCACAUUCAGAGGGUUUGAUUCGCAUUUGGGGUUUUGGAAUUCUGGUCACGAUUAUUUCGAUCACACUAAGGAUGACGACUGGCCCUCUUGGGGCCUGGAUAUGAGGAGAAAUAUGGACGUGGCUUAUGAUCUACACGGGCAAUACUCCACAGAUGUUUUCACACGAGAAGCUAUAAAGAUAAUAAACAAUCACAACCAAAGCAAGCCGCUAUUUUUGUACCUCGCACAAGCUGCUGUGCAUGCUGGGAACUUCUACAAUCCACUACCUGCUCCUGACGAAUAUGUAGCCAAAUUUAAUCACAUACAAGACAGUCACAGUAGACGGAAAUAUGCUGCCAUACUGAGCAAACUCGACGAUUCAGUUGGUCAAUUACUACAAGCAUUGGCAAAUAACACCAUGCUCGAAAACAGCAUUAUAAUUUUCUCAUCUGAUAACGGAGCCUCAGUGGCAGGGGCUUACGAUCGCAGCGCAGGAUCAAACUGGCCUCUUCGGGGAGCUAAAAAUUCAUUGUGGGAGGGUGGCGUUAGGGCUACUGCAGCUAUUUGGAGUCCAUUAAUAAAAAAAAAUCAACGAGUUUCCCAUCACAUGAUGAAUAUUGUAGAUUGGUUGCCGACGAUAUUAGAAGCAGCUGGUGGCAAUCUUAGUAGCGUUUCUCAAGUUGACGGCGUUAGUUUAUGGAAUUCUUUAGUCCACGACGAAAUAUCCCCGAGAACGGAAAUGCUUCUGAAUAUCGAUCCAGUGCUAGGUGAAUAUGGGUUGCGGAUGGGCCAAUGGAAACUCUUUAAAGGUAAAUCCUCAGACAGUUUGUACAGAGCGUGGUCUGGACCCAGCGGAAGAGGACGCCCCUACAAUGUUUCCGAAAUUACAUAUAGUUUAGCAUAUCGAACCCUACAUCCGACAAGUUCGCUCGGAACUGCUGACAUAAAAGAACUUAGAACAAGAGCAACUGUUUCCUGCAACAACGAAACGCAAAUUGUAUGCGACUCCGAUUCGUUCUGUUUGUUUGACAUUGAACGUGAUCCUUGCGAGUAUGCAAAUCUUGCUGACAAGUAUCCGAAUAAAGUAGAACACUUGAUUCAAAAACUUUCGAGUUAUAACAAAACCACACUGCUCCCAGGGAAUGUUGCAUUAGAUCCAAAUGCAGAUCCGAGAUUAUUCAACAAUGUUUGGACCAAUUGGGGUGACGUGGUUUCCUCAGCUUGUUAAGAAUAUUACUGGGCUCCGCUUUAGUUUAGCCGACAUCAUUUGCAUAAAUAAGGAUUCUACUUUUAUCUUUUAUGAACAUUAACAGAAACACAAUUUUUUUUUGCUGAAAUGUACCAUUUCCAUUUUCCAGGCCUUAGAACAGAAUGAAGGAAAAUGAAAAACGCUUUUUCGCAGAUUUUUUUUAUUUUUAUGUACUUCGAAAGGCAAAAAAAUUGUCUUCACAUAACUAAUUUCGGAUAAACCAAAAUUUUUCACUCAUUUUUCUACCAGUAAUAACUAAAAGCAUCUGUUAAAUACAUUGUGUCCCAAAAGAUUGAAAAAUAUUUGUGGAAAACAAUAUUAUCCAGAUAUCUUUGUCCCAAGUAGUUUAAAUUUUUAGGAGUCGUACUAUAUACUAUUUCUUUAAGGUAACCUGAUCAAAAAAAAUCCAUAAAUCAGAAGUGUAGAGGUCACUCUUCCCUGAAAAAUGGUUCUGAUGAGUUCCUUUGAAAGGUUUGCACUAUGUGAGGUGGCGCCAUCAUGUUGAAACCAAGUGUUCUCAUUGAAACCAACAAAAUUAUUGAGAUCUGGUCUGGUCGCAAAAAAUUGUUCAACGCAUUCCUUGUAUCGAAAAGCAGUAGUUCGCAUUUUGGAAAAAAUUUGGUUCAAGUCCAGAGGCGCUUAUUGCAGCCCAUACCAUACCCAGGUCUUUGAUGUUUUUCCUGGAGAUCUUCAGAGGAAAAGUAAUGACAGUUUUGCUUACUUACAAAGCCAUCUGGCCUGAAGGUCUGGUACCGACAGAAUUAUAUAUAGCUGAAAUUUUGAAGUUAUUUAGUUGUUUGUUACUGCCGCAUAAACUCACUCGAUAUUUUCGGGAUUUCUUGAAUUCCACGGAAGAUCUGCGAUCUUCCUAUUCAUCACAAUGCGUUCUCUUUCAAUUUUUUAAAGCCAAAAUCCUCGCCAAAGAUGAUGCUUGAGUUUAAAUUUGAAUUUAGAUAUAUGCAAACGCUUUGCUCCCACUAAUUCGAGGAAUAUUCAAUAAAUAAAUGGGGAAAAACUUCCUACACACUCUAUAUAAAAUUAUUUUUACACAUUCCUCCAUAUUUCGUAUGGAACACCCGGCAUUUUUUGAUGAUAAAACGUUAACGUUUCAAUUUCAAAAAUUUUUGGCAUGAAUUUUUAAAAAUUAUAAAGCUUUUGCAGUCGACAAUUUGUGUUAGGGGUUAAUAGAUUUUGAAGUUUUUUGGAUUUAGAAGUUUAAGCUUGCACUUACACUUUAAUGUAUCUUCUUUUUAAUUUGUAUAAUCAGUGUCAAAUCCAACUCAAGGCGCCUAAAAACGGCGUUGUUGUAAAACUAAUGGUGAGUUCCGAAUUAAACUCUAGAUAUCAAGUCGAUUGCACAAUCACACAGCGAUUGUCCAGUUUGUCCAGUUACAGCCGUUAAAAACCAAGUGAAAGGAAGAAGAAGCAUAUCAUCUUCUUCACAUUUUUGUAAUAUUUGAUUCUCCCGCUACAUUGCCUUUAGCAGCCAAGUCAUAUCUGAGCGAUACGCUAUGUAGAUAUUAAUGACCAUGUUUCAGAUGUAAGUGAUCUGGAUGACCAAAAUACUAUUGAUACCUCAUGUAUUAACUAAUCCGCAACCCAGGAUGUCCUUGAAGUAUUUACUGAUCUAAAAGAGCAGCUGCAACAGGCAACAAAAAUGUGUCGAACUUUAAAACAAAAAAGUUUUUGCUGCCCAAAUUGGUGAUAAAUUGGUGGUCGUCCAGAUCCCGGAAACGUGCUGUCCAUUGUCGUUGGAAUAGAAGAUACAGACUUUUAUUAAUUAGCAAAAACAAAGAUAGCACCUUGAAGCAGCUUUUCACCCGUAAUCAAUUUGCAAUUUGCAAAGAUAAUUUAAUUUCCAUGGAUGAGAUUCCGGCUCAAGCAGCAAAGCAAAGAGAAGUAUUCAACGUCUAAAUGUAGCUGUAAAAACAAGAAGGCUUUGUGUAAUUGAAAGUGUCAUGGUUAGCUUAAGUUGUCACAAUAAAUAAGG